AUGUAAUAAAUAGAACCUUAAAUUUGUAAAAAGUGUAAACCAAUAAUUAGAGCAUAGUGAUACAAAGAGUUACUGUUUAUAAAACAAGCUUUAAUGGAUAUGUCGAAUAUAAAUAUGUUAAUACUUAGAAAAAUGAAAAACUAUUGAUUUGUUUCUCUGGGGAGAGUAAUUGCUCGUUUAAUUUAAGAAACUAAACAGCCUUAGCAAAAUUGGCUAGUGAUGUUGUUCAUUCAACCUGUGCUCAUAACAAAAGCAAAAAGUUUAUUGAAACGCGUAUUUUGUAAAUAAAUGAUAAUUUAGUCAUGAAAAAAUUUAUAGAAGCAUAUGUAAUUAUAACUUUGAAACUUAAGCAACCCUAAGAUUUACACUAAUUUUAUCACUAAUGAAUCUAAAUUAUCUUUCUAAAUUGUUGAUAUCCAAUCCAUAUACCCAGAUCCUUAAAUUUUACUUAAAUAGCUUUUUAAUCUAUCAGAAUGUGGAUCAGCAAGAGAGGACUUAAUUCGUUUGAUCAAAUAACUAAUCAUCUGCGAUUAUGCAAUUUGGAAUCUACUACAAUGUAGAUAAAAACAUUAGUUAACAUAUUCUUUGGUUAAAAUGGACAAAUAUUGGCUGAUCUAUUCUCAUAAUUAUCCAAAGGAAGAGGACUUAGUUUAAAGUCUGCUACAAAAUACAAUUACUCAUUUACCUACUCUUUCAAUUUAAACAACCUAUAAAUAUCGCAUCCACUUCAAGAAUUAUUAAAUAUAGAUAUAUUUUACGACCUGGAAUUAAAAUCGAAUAUGAACUUUCCAACUUUUAUCUUAGGAUAACAUUUAAGCAAUUAUGUAUUUAAUAAUGUCAUAUAAAAUUAGAAACCAGCUCAUGGUAACAUUGAUCAUUUACUUGAAUAAUUUCUUUAUAAAUUACAAGAAGGAUAGCCCUCAUGA